ACAUCAUGAUCAAGCCCGACGGCGUGCAGCGCGGGCUGAUCGGCGACAUCCUCAAGCGCUUCGAGCAGAAGGGCUUCCAGCUGCUCGCGGCGAAGCUGAUGACGCCCUCGCGCGAGCACAUGGAGAAGCACUACGCCGACCUUGCCGGCAAGGGCUUCUUCAAGGGCAUGAUCGACUACAUGAUGACCGGCCCUGUCUUCUGCAUGGUGUGGGCGGGAGAUGGCGCUGUCGUCACCGGCCGCAAGAUGCUCGGCGCGACCAAGCCCUCCGAGAGCGAGCCCGGCACCAUCCGCGGCGACUUUUGCAUCCAGAUCGGCAGGAACAUCUGCCACGGCUCCGAUUCGGUCGAGAACGCCGAGAAGGAGAUUGAGCUCUGGUUCCCCGAGGGUGUCUGCUCCUGGACCUCGCACAGCCAGGGCUGGAUCUACGAGUAGAGAAGUUGCGGCAGGCAUAGAGAACCUCGAGGAGAGGAGAGGAACUGCGAGUAGAUCAGAUUAGAUCGCCGUGCACGUCGGCAGCGAGCCCCUUCACAUUGUUCAAAAAUAACACUUUUCACUUUUU